AUGUUCGAAAUUCCGCCGUAUCCCAUCAUAUCCAAUCCGUUCCUUAUACAGUAUUCGACCAAUCUCUUCGAUAUCAUUCAGAAAAAAUACAAUAGUCGCGGCCGAUUGAUCGCGAUUCCUGUGCCGGUGCUCAUAAGCUCACCUUGCACUUCGCCGUCGACGUCUGCCACCAACACCACCUACAGUAGUCCGUCAUCGCCGGAGAAAAAGGAGAAACAACGACCCGAUUCGUCACCACAGUUUUGCCACUGUCCGAUUUGCGGAAAAAAGUUCAGCCGCCAAUGGUUGCUCCAAGGCCACUUACGAACGCACACCGGCGAGAAGCCGUUCAAAUGCGACAUCUGCGAGAAACACUUUGCUGACAAGAGCAACCUUCGAGCGCACAUCCAGACGCAUUCCGGAGAGAAACCACACGAAUGCCAACGAUGCGGUAAACGAUUCGCCCUCAAAUCAUAUUUGUCGAAGCACGAGGAAUCGAAAUGUUUGAGAAGGUUUAACUGGCCAACGUUGUAG